AUGACUGCAAUCCCAAACCUCCCCGGAAAGACAGGCUUCACCGCCAACCUCAACAUCAACUACCGCCACCCUUGCAUCGCUGACCAGUUUCUCAUCGCUCACUCUGAAGUCACCUCUGUCGAGGGCAGAAAGGCCUUCGUCAAGGCUACCCUCAAGACCGUCUCGGGUACAUUAUUGGCCGAUGCGACGGCACUGUUUGUCGCGCCCCGUGUUCCUGUGAGCCAGAUCACUGAGCAGUUGGCCCAGGAUAAGAAUGCCGCUUCCAACGGUACUGCUGUUGCUGCUCAGGCCUAA